CGAACCCCUGGCACAGCACACACAUUCGCAUCGCUCGCCUGCACACAUCCAUCCGGCAGGUGGGGGGCGAUCGAGUUCAGAUCGAGCGAGCGAGGAUGCAAGGCGGCGGAAACAUCAUCGUGGAGUUCGCGAGGCGCGCGGCGGCCUUGGCGAGGUUUGAGUGGGCGGCGCGGGUGGCUGCCCGGCGGCAGGAAAACCUUGCCCGGCGGCCGGUGAGGAAGUACCGCGGCGUCCACCACCGCGAAAACAGGUACUGCUCCGUGAUCUGGAACAUCUACACCCGGCGCCUGCUGUGGCUCGGGUCGUACAAGACCCCCGAGGAGGCCGCGUACGCGUGGGACGCCGCCGCGAGGCUGACGCGCGGGCGGCACUGGGCCAAGACCAACUUCCCUGAGCCGGCGGCCUGGGCGUGGCUCGUGCUCGCGCUCCCGAUGCCCGCCACAGCGCCGGCGCGCCGGCGCGACGACCAAGCUGCGGCGGUGGCGGCUCAGGUGUCCUUCGACAACUGGCUGCUGUCUUCGUCGGCGGCCGCAGCAGAGCCACUGCAUCGUCUGCAGGGAGCACCGGCGGUGGUGCUCCCGGACCAGCAACAACUCACGGCGGCGGCACUGCCACCGUUCACACAGUUUUUCCACCUUUCAGGUCCCGCCGCUGCUGCAGCCGCCAACAAUGGCGGCGGCGCUGUUGUCAAUCCUUCCAACCCGGGCGCCUAUGUGUUGACAACGCAGAACGUCAAGAUGCUGCCCACCAAUCCGGCGACCACCGCACUAAGCGGCGGUGCCGCCCCUACCCACCACCGCGAGCUGCCGGUGUCGCAGGCCAGCGUGUCUGAUCUGGCCGUCGUCGAGGAUAACUUCACCUACGACGGUACGUCCACGUCUGCUGCACCUCCUCCAGUGCCUCCGCUCACUCCCAAGGAUCUGCUGCUCCAAAUCGGCCUGCCUGCUGCAGGUCGCGGCGGCCCGGGUGGGGCGCAGUAAGGAGAGACAGAAGCUGCGUCAGGUGCCGAGGGGCUGCCGAUCGACUGCGAUUAUCUCAUGCGGUUCCUUCGAGUACUCAACAUGUGAUCUUGUUUGCCGUCUAGUAUCCAUGAUUAUUAAGUAUGCUUUUCUAUUCCAAAAUUCGAAAACAAUGUGUUUGUAUUAUCGAUUUAACUGUCUGGACUUGUGGUGCCUCUUAAUCGUUUGCUUGGGUCAUCAGUAUGUAUUGUUCUGUAG